AUAUUUUUGUAUCAAGAAUUUAUUAUAAGAUAAAUUAUCCUUUUUUGCUACACAUUUCGAUUAAAACCCAUUGUAAUUAUUUCAUUCAAUCUGUUAAUGUUAUGCACGUUGUUUUGCCCUUAGCAAUUAUUUUACGAUAGUGACGUUUUUGUUGUUAAGGACACGUAAGUGAUAAAAAGUUUUUAAUCUUAUGUUUGUGAGCAGAAAGUUGCGUUCGUAAGUAUCAGGUGAAAACGCGAACAGUACGUGAAAGUGGGAAAACAAUAAUAUGCGUUAUAAAGCGGCGCUGCUGAUUUCCGUGUUUUUAUUAAACGGCUUCGUCAAUGCCGAUUUGAAAAAAUCGUCGGAAGGUGAGGAAGAGGAUGGCUCUAAGACCAUCAAAGAUGGAGAGGAUAAGACCAAGUUUGUUGCAAGCAUACAGGAGGUGGCUGGAGAAGUACCACCUGAGUUCAAUAUGGUGCAAACCCCAGAAUUAGAAGAACAAACUGAAGCCAGUAAGAAAUAUUAUGAAAAGUUAAUGGAACGGGCAGUGAACAAUUUAAGGUAUAAGAUCAUAGAAGGAACAGAAGAAGAAGAUGAACCACUACCUCCACCGCCAGAAAUUAUUGAACCUGAACUCACACAAACUCAGAAAGAAGGCAAAGCUCUUUAUGAGGCUGCUAUCAAGCUUCUCAAUAAGACUAAACCAAAUAGGGAGGACGCCACGAAAUUGCUUAUACAGGCAAUGGAAAAGGGCAACAGUGACGCCAAGGCUAGGAUUGCUUGGGCCUAUCUAUUUGGUACCACCAUGAAUCAAAAUAUGAAUGAUGCCAAAGAGAUCUUUUACGAUUUAGCGGGCAAUGGCCAUCCCGACGGGCACAUGGGAUUGGGUUUCCUUGCAGCUACUGGGCUUGCCAGAAUGAAUAUUAGCCAAUCAAGAGCACUCGUCCAUUUUACAAUGGCUGCUAUUGGUGGACACUCUUGGGCUCAGAUGAUCAUGGGUUAUCGCUAUUGGUUCGGAAUCACAGUCCCCAACAGCUGUGAGAAAUCUCUUGAAUACUACAGACAAGUUGCAGCUAAAGUAAGUCAAGGAGUAUCGUUCACCGGAGGUUCUUCUGUGCAAAGGGUCAGGCUCUUGGAUGAAUUGGAGAAUGGAUACUCGUCAAGCAUAAUUGACACGGAUCUAAUAGAGUAUUAUGAACUUUUAGCGGAAAAGGGAGAUAUUAAGGCUCAAGUGGGAUUGGGUCAAUUGCACUAUCAAGGAGGGCGUGGUCUGGAUCUGGAUUACGAGAAGGCCUUGCAUUAUUUCACGCAGGCCGCAAACGCAGGGAAUGCGAUCGCCAUGGCCUAUUUGGGCAAAAUUUAUCUGGAUGGUAGCGACGAGGUUAAGCAGGACAACGACACUGCGUUCAAGUAUUUCAAAAAGGCAUCCGAGAUGAACAACCCCGUAGGUUUAAGUGGUCUUGGUCUUAUGUACUUGUACGGAAGAGGUGUUGAGAAGGAUUACGUAAAAGCGCACAAGUACUUCUUGGCGGCUGCUGAUCAAGGUUGGGUCGAUGGGCAAUUGCAGCUCGGAAACAUGUAUUUAAAUGGAAUUGGAGUGACCAAAGAUUACAAGUUGGCCAACAAAUAUUUCUCGUUGGCGUCGCAGUCCGGUCACGUUUUAGCAUAUUACAAUUUAGCACAGAUGCAUUCGCAAGGCACGGGAAUGAUGCGUUCUUGCACGACAGCCGUUGAGCUUUAUAAAAAUGUAGCUGAGCGCGGACGUUGGGGAGAAACUCUGAUGCACGCGCAUCAAGAUUAUCGGAAUAAGAGGUUUAAUGAAGCUUUCGUACAAUAUGCGUUACUCUCAGAGUUAGGAUAUGAAGUGGCUCAGAGCAAUACUGGUUUUAUUUUGGACAGAGACGAAGUGCCGAUGAUGAGCGAAAGUGAAGCACUUUCUAGAGCACUACUGUACUGGAGCAGAUCGGCGGCACAAGGAUAUUCGCCAGCCCAAGUUAAAUUGGGUGAUUACCAUUACUAUGGACUGGGAACUGCCGUUGAUUAUGAAACUGCGGCAUCCCAUUACCGUAUAGCUUCUGAGCAGCAGCACAAUGCGCAGGCUAUGUUCAACUUAGGUUACAUGCACGAACAAGGUUUAGGCAUGGUUCAGGACAUGCACUUGGCUAAGAGAUUGUAUGAUUUGGCUGCGGAGACGAACGCCGAUGCGAAGGUUCCUGUAUCUUUAGCGCUCUUGAAACUGAGCUUGAUGUUUAGUUGGCAAUGUCUGCAAGAGAGCCCCUUUGCGAUUUUUUUCGUUAGCGAAACUUUUGGGAAUAACUGGGAUUUAUACCUAAUUACAGCACUGACUAUUCUUCUGGCUGGAAUAAUUUAUUUUAGGAGACCCCGUGAACUUGCGGUGUAAUCAAAGACACUACUCCAUUA